AGGAGAUGAAGCUUCUCCGCUUUCUUUUCGGCAGCUGGCGUGAGGUUCUGGAAUUCCAACAUGGCAGUAGAUGUGGUCAGUAUAUCUAUGGUGGUCAGUCUCUCCAGCCCGGACUUGGAAGCCUUCCAGAACAUCACCGACUCGGAGUAAACCCCCAUCCCCCGCUCCCAGCAGCACGGCUGGACGCUGUCGCUUUUCUCCGGUGCCGAACAGUUUGUCCGCCCAAAACACUGUUUGUAUGCGGUGUGUGUCCUUCAACUUACUGGAAAAGUCGUUCUCGCUGUGGAAAACAUUGAAGUGAACCUUCCACCCCUUUCUGUCUCACCUUGCUGAUGUCAAGCAACAUGAUCAGCGGUGUAUAUGGCGUGACCAUGCAGUGGAGCCCUGAGCAGUCCCAGUGGGCGGAGCAACACUAUGACAUCACCUCCACCACUCGUUCACCAGGGCAUAAGAUCGAAGCGCUUCGGGAUCCGAGGCUAACCGGUUCGACCUCAGCCGCAGCGUACCAGCAUUCAUGGGCAAAUGAUGACAUUUCAGCUCUGACCGCUUCUAACCUGCUCAAGAGGUAUGCAGAGAGAUAUUCUGCUAUUCUGGAUCUACCUUGUGAGAGUGGACUUAUGGGAUAUCCUGACACGGCCAUCUCUGUUAGCGUAAGGGGACCUGGUGUUGUGAAUAACGGGUCCCCCCUUCUUAAUGGACGAAAGCUGGAGGCUGAACCUUGGCUGGAGGGUGUCUAUCCUCCUUUAGCUUGCAUACCUGAACUUCUUCCUAAAGCGCCGCUGAGUGUGUCGGAUGUGUCCGUCAGCGCGUGCAACUCUCCGGUUUUAGGCAACGGGAGUCUUCCGGAACCUUGUUUUUCAAGCAGUACUUGUAACAGUCAGACAGGCAAUCAGGAAUACAGCAGCACUCCCUAUAGCGCUCCCUUCCUCCAGCCUGUAGGGCCUUACGGGGGUCCCCUAUUCCACCCUACACCUUCCCAUCCUAGCCUAGUCUCAGCCUACAGUGCUAACAGCUCACCAAAUCUGUCUGCGUACAGCUAUCCGAAUCCCCGUUACCCCUCACAAGCUGUUCUUCCUGCAGGCUACAGUCCUCCUCCAGCAUACCUGCCCACAGGUGUAACUCCACCUAACCCUCUUCCAGCUGUGGGAUACUCAUAUCCCACCACCAAUCUGGGUGGUACUGUCUCUGAAAGUGAUGCCCCAAGUGCUACCAACCUUUCCAAGUCAUAUUACCCAUCAUCUCAAGGUGAGAUCGGAGUGUUUGAGGAGUUUGAUUUUGGCGGGAACUCCAAUUCGGACUCUAGGUCUGAAGGCAGCCCUCUCUACAGACCUCCAGGAGAUGACACGGUGGACAAGCAAAAUGGGUUCAGCCAAUCAGCAGAUGUGACAUCUUCAUCCUUCAAGCCAGCCAAUCACGGAGACUCUUUAAGAAGCCUGGAGACUCUCACCGCAGCCAUGAGCGGAAGAAGCAGUGGCACGUCUGGACAACACUUCCCAUCUACCUCGACUCCUGUCGUCACUCCUCACCAACAUCUCUGCCUCGACACAAACACACCCUGAGCGACCGGGCUCGCCCUCAGCAAGCAGUGCUUGAGUUGAUGAAGUGUGAGUGCUCCCUCCGGUGGACCGGAGGUAGAGAGGAGAAACUUGCUCAAAGCCAUAGUGUCAGGGUUCAAUGCUGGGGCCUCAAAUAUAGAUGCACCGGGGGAAUUCUGGUCUGUCGGGUCAACAGGAGGAGUUUAGUUUCUCCCUUCUGCAAAGAUGACAAUGAUGUUUAUGCCCCUUCUAGCCAAGCCUAACAGGUCAAUGCGAGACAGUGACCCCUGAUGGAACAGACAGACCAGCAUAUCCUCAAUGGCGGACGCAUAUAUCUUGAGUGGGAAAGGGUUCACUCCUCCAUUCCGACAGAUAGGAAAGUACAUCAAGGGAAUUUAUAUGACUAACGGAUGUGUGGUGGCUGCCAUGGAGACAAGAAGUCGCGGAAACAGAUGUGGUGGUUGGACAGUAGCUAUGGUUGACCAUAUUGCCAUGGUGUACAUUGUGUGUGUGUGUGUGUGUGUUUGUGGCCUUGUAUUGGUUAUUCAUGUGGUGAGCUUUAAUUGUAAAUCCCAUUCCCCCUUUUCAACAGGAGAACUGACGCAUCCUGGUUGUUUAAAGAAUCCAUGUGUGUGAGUGUGAGGGUGGGAGAGAUAGAUAAAACCUCAGGAAAGAGUCUGUCAGAUAAAUGGUGUAUGGCUGUGCGUGUAACAGAGAAGAAGAGGUCGUUUCACAAACCAUCCAUUGGGGAAGACAAUUUGGUGGUUCAAAGCAAACUGUUUUUUUUUGUCUGUUGAUCAGUUUGUAUGCACUUUCACUGCAUUUUAAUAGAUGAUACCCAUCUGUUACUAGACAUUUUUGUCGAGUUAAGAGAAAGUAGAUGCAAACAAGUCGGGAAGCCUGGUGUUGUUGCUAGAUUUGUCACAAACAUUUCAAGACAGAUGUCCAAAGCAGAUAAUCUAAUCACCAAUCAUGCUAUGUAUGUCAACACUGAAUUGGGACAAAGAUAAUGUCAUUAAAUGGAGCGCUUUGUGAGUGGUGUGGGAAGAUUUUAAAGGGGUCAUAUUGUGAUUUUCUUCAGUUUGUUAUGCAGCUGUUGGUGUACUGUAAUUGUAAGAUCUGCAAAGUUACAAAGCUCAAAUUGACCCACAAAUUGAUUUAUUAAGAGAAGGCUGAUUCAUACCAGCCUAAAACAACCUGAUCCAAUUCUCCCUCACAUUUGCAAUCAUAAUUAUUGAAGCCCCUGAAUUAUUAGCCCCCAUUUAUUUUUCCCCCAUUUUCUGUUUAAUGGAGAAGAUUUUUAACACAUUUCUAAACAUAAUAGUUUUAAUAACUCAUC